GGGGACCGGGGCGCGGGCGCACACCUCCGAGCCCCCGCCGCCCGUCAGCCUGCCGGGUUCCCGGGGCCGCCGCAGCCCGGACCCGCCACGCGCGCACACGCCCCUCACGACGCUUCUCUGGGGCGCGCGGCGCUGAGCCCGGGCCGGCGCGCGUCCGCCGGGGGAGAGGCGUCCUUCCUCGGGAGACCCGGCCCCGCGCGGCGGCGCAAGACGCCCGCUCCUCCUCCCGCUCCUCCCGCCGCCGCCGCCGCCGCCGCGUGGAUGCCAAGUACCAGUUUUCCAGUCCCUUCCAAGUUUCCACUCGGCCCUCCGGCUGCAGUCUGCGGGAGCGGAGAAACUUUGGGGCCCUCUGCGCCCGCCGGCGGCACCAUGAAGUCGGCAGAGGAAGAGCACUACAGUUACGUCACCUCCGGCAUCGGCUCUGGCCUGCCCCUCUCCUCCGCCCACCCCUCGCUGCCAGCCCCGUGCCACGGCCUGCAGACCUCGGCCCCGGGCGUCUCCACCGCAGGCUACGGGGCCGCCCUGGACGGCGGGCCCUCGAGCUACUUCCUCUCCUCCGGCGGAGUCAGGCCCAACGGGGCCCCAGCCCUGGAGAGCCCUCGCAUCGAGAUCACCUCCUACCUGGGGCUGCACCACGGCAACGGCCAGUUCUUCCAUGACGCGGACGCGGAAGACGUCCUUCCCAGCUCCAAGCGGUCCCCGUCCACGGCCACUCUGAACCUGCCCAGCCUGGAGGCCUACCGCGACCCCUCGUGCCUGAGCCCGGCCAGCAGCCUGUCGUCCCGCAGCUGCAACUCCGAGGCCUCGUCCUACGAGUCCAGCUUCUCGUACCCGUACGCGUCCCCGCAGACGUCCCCGUGGCAGUCCCCCUGCGUGUCCCCCAAGACCACAGACCCCGAGGAGGGCUUCCCCCGUGGCCUGGGGGCCUGCGGCCUGCUCGGGUCCCCGAGGCACUCGCCCUCCACGUCGCCGCGCACCAGCGUCACUGAGGAGAGCUGGCUGGGGGCCUGCACUUCCAGGCCCUCGUCCCCCUGCAACAAGCGGAAGCAUGGCCUCAACGGCCGGCAGCUGCCCUGCUCCCCCCACCCCUCGCCCACGCCGUCCCCACAAGGGUCGCCACGGGCCAGCGCCGCCGACGCCGCCUGGCUGGGCAACACCACGCAGUACGCCGGCUCGGCCAUCGUGGCCGCCAUCAACGCCCUGAGCACUGACAGCAGCCUGGACCUGGGCGACGGCGUCCCCGUCAAGGCCCGCAGGACCGCCCUGGACCACUCGCCCUCAGUGGCGCUCAAGGUGGAGCCAGCCGGGGAGGACCUGGGGGCCACGCCGCCCACGUCUGAUUUUGCACCUGAGGAGUUCCCAUCCUUCCAGCACAUCCGCAAGGGCGCCUUCUGCGACCAGUACCUGUCGGUGCCGCAGCACCUGUACCCGUGGGCCCGGCCGAGGUCCCCAACGUCCUACACCAGCCCGUCUCUCCCUGCCCUCGACUGGCAGCUGCCGUCACACUCAGGACCGUACGAGCUGAGGAUCGAGGUGCAGCCCAAGUCCCACCACAGAGCUCAUUACGAGACGGAGGGGAGCCGGGGGGCCGUGAAGGCGUUGGCCGGAGGACACCCCAGCGUGCAGCUGCACGGCUACAUGGAGAGCGAGCCGCUCACCCUGCAGCUGUUCAUCGGGACAGCGGAUGACCGGCUGCUGAGGCCCCACGCCUUCUACCAGGUGCACCGGAUCACGGGCAAGACCGUCUCCACCACCAGCCACGAGGCCAUCCUCUCCAACACCAAGGUCCUGGAAAUCCCGCUGCUGCCGGAAAACAACAUGCGAGCAAUCAUCGACUGCGCCGGGAUCCUGAAGCUCAGAAACUCUGACAUCGAGCUCCGCAAGGGGGAGACAGACAUCGGGAGGAAGAACACGCGGGUGAGGCUGGUCUUCCGCGUCCACGUCCCGCAGCCCAAUGGCCGGACGCUGUCGCUGCAGGUCGCCUCCAACCCCAUCGAGUGCUCCCAGCGCUCGGCCCAGGAGCUGCCCCUCGUGGAGAAGCAGAGCGCGGCCAGCGGCCCCGUCCUCGGUGGGAAGAGGAUGGUCCUGUCCGGCCACAACUUUCUGCAGGACUCCAAGGUCAUUUUCGUGGAGAAAGCACCAGACGGCCACCACAUCUGGGAGAUGGAGGCGAAAAUCGACGGAGCCCUGUGCAAGCCGAAUUCGCUGGUGGUGGAGAUCCCGCCUUUUCGCAACCAGAGGAUAACCAGCCCCGUCCAAGUCAACUUCUACGUCUGCAACGGGAAGCGGAAGAGGAGCCAGUACCAGCACUUCACCUACCUGCCCGCCAAUGUUCCGAUCAUAAAAACGGAGCCCAGUGAUGAUUACGAGCCUGCCCUCACCUGUGGACCAAUGAGCCAGGGCCUGAGCCCGCUCCCCAAGCCCUGCUACGGCCAGCCGCUCGCCCUGCCGCCCGACCCGGGCUCCUGCCUCGCGCCCGGCUUCCCGCCCCGUCCACAGAGCAGCACCAGCCCUGAGCUCCACGACCUCUCCUGCGCCCCCUACGGCCCGGCCACGGCCGGCCCGGGCCACGGCCCCCUCGGACUUCCGCGGCCAGUCGGCGGGGUCCUCGCCAGCCAGGAGGCGCCGAGACCCGCGGGCGUGCCUCCCGGGCCCCCCCAGCCGCCGCCCCCCGCCCCGCUGCAGCCACAGGUGAGUCCGCCGUCAAGUGGUAGCUGCUCCCCGGGGUGCCGGCCAGCGCUCUGUCCCCACAGUCCCUCCUCUCCGCUACCGCCCGGGACCCAAGAGCCGACCCGCCUGCAGCCCUGCGGCCCCGCGCGCCCCCCCGGGACGGGCCACCAGCAGCAGCAGCCGUCCGAGGUUCCGAGCAGCGAGCCUGCAGCCACCCGGCCCCUGCCAGCGCCCGAGGUGCGUGAGGACAGUAAUCAUAGUCUGGCCCCCAUUCCCGUAACGGUCAAGCGAGAGCCUCAGGAGCUGGACCCGCUGGACCUGGACGACGUAAACGAGAUAAUACGAAAUGACCUCUCCAGUACCAACCUCCACUCGUAGUCGGCAAUUGGGACUCUCAGAAGCUGCGUGGUGUUAAUUCGACGGUGACAACUGAGUCAACAGACUGAACUCACACCUGGUACCACUCGGAACUUCCACCUUAGUGAAGGCUUAGAUCAUUCGUACAAAGAAGUAGCUCAAGGAAGGAAGGAAGGGCCACUCCAUCUUCUGAAGGAAGGUCAUCUCAAGAAGGAGACGAAGGUGGGUGGGUAGGGGAAGCACAGAAGACAGACCGUGUGAUGUGCCCCUCGUGACCGCAACCCGACGUGGCAGCCUGACCCCAAGCGUACCCUUCAGGCACCCCUGCAUUUCAUACUGGAAGUGCCUUAUUUAAGCAGACCGCAGCAGCAGGGCAUCAUGGAAUUGAGCAUUGAACUGGCCACCAGGAGAGUAUUUGUAAGAGCAAAACCUGUAAAGACAUUUUGUCAUGAGGCUUCAUCCUAUGUAUAAAUUAAGAGAAUACUGGCUAGCCGGGCAUGGUGAGGAGAACCUAACACGUUAGCCGGGCACGGUGAGGAGAACCUAACACGUUAGCCGGGCACGGUGAGGAGAACCUAACACGUUUCCUACUUUCUUCACCUUUUCCUGGGCUGUAAUAUACAAUUCUGUUGCCUUACUCGGUGCAUUUCAGGACUCUUCCAAGGUGUCAUCUCAGCUCUUUCAUGACUGCCUUCCCUACCCUGUGUUACUCAAGCCUUAGGGCUGUUCAUUAUAGCAUGUUAGGAUUUUGUUUUUAAUCUGGCUUCGAACAUAGCACAGGUAAGUUGAAUAGCACAAGGUAGGUUACUGGACAAAAAAAGAAAUCUAUCUGUCUCGGGAUAGAUCUUGCAUUUGCAUGUGUGUACAUCUAUAGCCGUGUAUUUAUGUAUGAACAUAACGGAGGUGGUGAUACUCACUCUUUGCCCAGCAAGGGCGUCCAUGUCAGCAAUAACCAGUAUCCAUUCUGGAAAAUUCACCUGGGGCUCCAAACCCAGCUUCCCAGCCACUUCCGAGGGGGCGUCACCCACCCCCCGGGAGGUCUGUGUGUUUUCCUCUCCUGCAGUUAACCAAGCACUUUAAAAGCCGGGAGAGGUGCGUCCACAGUACCGUCUGUUACCAAACAGCAAAAUUGGAAAGAAACUAUAAAUAACGUUACAGAAGGAGUGUAAUAUAUUUGUUCAGCUGUAAGAUUAUUAUUUCACAGAAGCCUUAUAACUCUGCUUCAUCUAAGGAAACGAUAACCAAAAACAGCGUUUAAUAUGUGGUGACUGUAGUGUGUUUCCAGACUAGUUACUGUUACCAGAUAGGUUAGUGUGAGCUUUACUACUGCAUUUUGUACCCUUAACAGCUUAUUACGCAUUAUUGCUAGCAGUGACCUGUCGUUUCACGUAACCAAAAAGCAUGGUUUUAACGAAAACAUGUUUAACCUGAUAACUGUGCCUUAGGAACUCACGCCCCCCUCCUGGAACUCCGCCGAAUCGAAUGGCACCCUCGGGGGAGGUGACAAGUCCUGUCACCAGACUCGGCGUUUUGGUGGGGAAAGCGCUCUCCCACAGAAAGAAUUAUUUUGAAAAUGUUCUUCUGUACGAUCAAGUCUUACUGUUUUUUUAAGUCACAGAACCGAAAGUCUGAAAGCCAUAUGUGUAACAUUUGCGCAUUACUGUGAAGAGCUGAAGAUAUAUGGCUUCGUGUACAUAUGACCCUGCCUUCCCGCCUGAAGCCCUGCCCUGCAUUUAGCCUCCUAGGAGUUGCAUGAGACAUUUCUCGGGAGACUGUCCUAUGGAGAGGAAGUGUUUGAUACUGUGUUCGCUCUCUUUGUAGUUAGAAAAUUGAUCCAAUAAAGCAAUAUUUUUUUGCUGGACAA